AUGACCAUGUGCAGUCCUGAACUCCUUCCAGGGUUCAGGUUUCAUCCAACAGACCAGGAGCUUAUCAUUCAUUAUCUGAGAAAGAAAGUCUCAUCUUCGAAUCUGGAAGUCGUUAUAAUAGCAGACGUGGAUAUCUACAAAUUCAAUCCAUGGGAACUUCCAGGAAAAGCCUUGUUUGGGGAGACCGAGUGGUUUUUCUUUAGCCCAAGAGACAGGAAAUACCCCAAUGGUGCUCGUCCAAAUAGGGCAGCUGGAUCAGGUUACUGGAAAGCAACCGGAACCGACAAGCCAAUCCUCACCUCCAAUGGAUCACAGUGCCUUGGGGUGAAGAAAGCUCUUGUGUUCUACAAGGGCCGGCCUCCAAAAGGCAUGAAAACGAGUUGGUUGAUGCUUGAGUACCGCCUUCUUGAUGAUACCCACCAUCUGCAUAGGCUCAGGGGAUCGAUGCGACUGGAUGAUUGGGUUUUAUGCCGGGUUCGCCAGAAAAGCAACACUCGACCACAAAAUGGAGACGAUCAUGGCAACAAUUUUAGCAGCUUCUCUCCAUUUACUAGCUUGAGGUGCUUACAAGGUCAAGAAAUAUUCCAGAAGGGCAAUACCCUUAAAGACUAUUAUUAUGAUCUUCAGCCAUGUCUUACGGCUCCUGCAGAAAGUGAAGAGGCAGAUGAGCAAGGACAAGCGGAGUUCCAAGAAGUAUCUCCAGAAUACUCAAUCUCAGGUUCGGAUUCAAGUUCUCAACCAACAAUGGUUUCCUCUGUCAAAGAGAAACUUGAAUAUAUCAAGAAGAUACUCUCCAUUGGAGCUCUGGAAGAACUAGUGCCAACAACUCCAAAGAAGAGGCUGCAUGUAUCCUCUUCAAAUAAUGCAGAAAAUGCAUGUAUCUUCGACAAGCUUCCUUCACUACCAAAAAAGAGGCUGCACAUAUUCUCUUCAAAUAAAGCAGAAAAUGAAUGCAUUUUUGAAGUUUCUUCUCCUACUCUUUCAGCCUCGUCUCAGCAGAGCUUUCAGGGCUCUUGA